CAAUUGUCAACAUUUAAAUUACAGUUUUAAUUUUUUAAUUUUCUGUUUGUUUAAACAAAAUUUUAAUAUUUCAUUUACAUAAUCGUGGGUGUAUUUUUAAUUUUCGAGAAAAUUAUUUUUAAUUCCUGUCUGUUUAAUAAUAUUUUAAUUUCUAUUAUUUAUGUAAUCGUUUCUAACCACGUUACAGCACUCUCGCUAUUAAACGUGAUGUAACCUCAAAAUCCAAGUUCUUUAUUUAUAAAUUUUUUUUUAGUUGAAACAAAAAAAAAAUGAAUGAACAUUUUACAACUAAUGAGUUUAGUGAAGAAAGUAAAAUUCACAUUAACAGUGAAUUCAAUGACAACAAUGAAAAUCAAAAGGAUAAUAAUGUGAAUAUAAAUGAAUUAGAUGAUGAAAAUAAGAAUCAAAAAGAAAGCAAAGUGAACACCGAGGAAAAUACAAGUAAUAAUGAUAGAGUACUUAAUAAAUGGAUGAUUAGACCUUGUCAUCAGUAUAAAGAUGAAUAUCUUGAUUGUACAAGUAUGAAAUCACGAUUUCAUCAGUAUUUUGUGUUUGGCGAAACAAUUGAUUGUUCACAAUGGAGAACUGAUUAUGAUAAUUGUGAAAAAUGGAAUAAAUCAAAGAACACUGAAGCCUUUGAUGCAAUAGUAACAAGUGAAACAGAACGAAGAUUUAAGAGAUUUAAGGCUCAUUAUGCAAAUAAUGUUUGGAAAAAAAGAGAUAAACCACCGGAAGAUUGGUCUAAACCACUGCCAGAAUGGUUGGUGAAAAAAAAUGAAAAUAGCUAUUUAGAGAUGAAAAAUCAACAAUUAAAAUCUGGAACUGGAAAGGAUAUAGAAACAAAUAUUCCAUGGUGUUGUAUUUUAUAGUGCAAUUACAUCGUAAAUACAAAAAUUAGUUACAAAUCCAUAA